CAACGAACUAGAAGCACUUAAUUAUGAGCAGAGCAGAGCAGAGCAGCCAAUUGAAUUCAUAGAAGUAAGUAAGUAAGUAAGUAAGUACAAUACAAAUCAAAUAGAUAGAUAGAUACCAUCUCCUCUCUCUCUCCCACACCAACAACAGUGAGUGACCCAACAAACAAACAAACAAACAAGAAUGUUUAAAACAAAGAAAGAAGAAGAAGAAGAAGAAGAAGAAGAAGAAGAAAUGAACAAGAAGAAGAACCAAAACCAAAACCUGGGUCGUAUGUUUUCAAAUCCCUUGAGCGAGAUCCAAAACAACGCCCAACUCAGGCAUAGUCGUAGCUGCACCACUACUACUACUACUCACCACCAUGGCCCCACCGUACCCGACGACCACAAUAACAAGGAAAACGCAGACAAUGUUUCUCCUUCUCUUCCAAAGUCAUUAUCAACAAACACAGACAAACACAACAACAAGAUUGUUAAUGUUAAGCCUUCCUCGCUACAGUACUGCAUGCAAAUCAACCAAGAUCCUCCUCUUCCUCUUGCUUCUUCUGAUUCUUCACACUUUUCCAACUCUUUGAAAAUUUGGGACUACUCUGACUCUGAACCUGCUCCUGCUCCUGCUUCCUCCUGGUCCACUUUACCCAACAAGUCUUUGAUCUGUAGACCCUUGCCUAUUGAUAUUGGAAGGUGCACAUGUGUUAUUGUCAAGGAACCAAUCCCUCAGGGACUCUCUAAUGGCACUUUCUUCUCUCUUUAUACCUAUGAAGGUCAGGGACGACAGAAUAGGAAACUGGCUGUGGCCCACCACAAGCGCCGGACCGGGCGCUCUCACUUCGCCAUAGCUCAGAACCUCAAAGGACUACUCUCCAAUUUUGAUGAUACUUUCCUCGGGACAGUAACCGCUAAUCUCACCGGCUCAAAAUACCACAUUUGGGAUCAGGGAUAUCGCCAUAAGUCCCGUAGUAAACAACCAAAACCACCUCUUGCUGUUGUUGAGUAUGUACCUACAAUAGCAACAUGUACAGGAACUCACAGAAGCAUCAAAGCAUAUAUACCAAACCAUCAAUCUAUGUCUUUCAAGAACACCAACCAGGUACAGCAUAUUAAGGGACUGCCAAUGAAUUGGGAGGGAAAAUUGGACAGAGUCCAUCAACUAUUCUCAAGGGAUCCACUAUACAACAAGAGUACAAAGCAAUUUGAACUUGACUAUAGAGAUAAAGGAAGGGCAGAACUUGGAAUCCAGAGAUCAGUCAAAAACUUUCAGCUUACUUUAGAGGAAAAUGGGAAGCAGACAAUCCUGCAGCUAGGGAGGUUGGGAAAAUCUACAUUUGUUAUGGACUACAGAUAUCCUUUGACUGGUUACCAAGCGUUUGGCAUAUGUUUGGCUUCCAUUGAUGCAAAGCUUUGUUGUGUAGUGUAGUGGGAAAUCUCUUUUCCAAAAUUGGUACAACUUCGGAACUCAAGAUAUCUUCUGGUUUUCACCUAGCCCCGUCCAGGAAGAACUCUUGGUGGAUUUUCUCUAAGUACAUUUUUCAAAAGAAAAAUGAAGAUUUUGGAGUUGUAUUUGGUGUGGAUAAUCUUCAGCUAGGAAGGUAUUAAUGCCAUCAAAAUCUCGAGAAAUAAUUUAUGUAUAAAUAAUCAUUGUGCUCGGAUGAUCGAUUUGUUACUAUUAAAUGUUUGAGACUAUUUAACUAAAUAUUGCUUUCUUUAAAUUCAAAAGUACUCUUUGAGCCUGCAACAAAUUGUGUUCAUUUUAUUGCCGCAAUGAAUCAGAGAAGGUAAAUGAGCU